AUGGCAUUAUGCCAUCCUUUCUUAGUCACCAAUCUUGUACCUGUAACCUCCCUAACUUCCACGUUUCUCUCUGGAACUCCACCUUCAUACUUUUCCAUCAAUAGAAAACCAAAAACAUGUAACCUCAAAAAUCGCUCUCUUUCGAUUUCAUGUUCUUCUGUUAAAACUGUACGCGACCACACCCUAGAUAGACACGUUGUCAUGAAGAACAGAAUCCGGUUUGUUCAGAAACUGAAAACUUUGCUUCUUUCUAAACCAAAACAUUACAUUCCAAUUCACAUUCUAUCCAAAUGCAGGUCUUAUCUUUCACUUCACAAGCCUCGGUCCUUGCUUUCUAUGAUCCAUCGGUAUCCGUCUAUUUUUGAAAAGUUUACUAUCCCAUGGCCAGCCUUACCUCUCAAUGCAACAAAGUCAUAUCAUCAGCUCUGUGUUCGUUUAACUCCUGCUGCAGCCGCCCUUGCGGCCGAGGAAUUAAAUCUUCAAUAUUCAAUUUCGACAGUAUUGGCGAACAAACUCCAAAAACUUCUUAUGCUAUCAUCUCACCGCCGGUUGCUUCUGGCAAAACUGGUUCAUCUUGCUCCUGAUCUUGGUCUUCCCCCUAAUUUCAGAGCCCGGUUGUGCAAUGACCAUCCAGACAAAUUCAAGAUUGUUAACACUUCAUAUGGCAGUGCACUUGAACUUGUAUCAUGGGAUACUGACUUGGCAAAGGCUUUACCGCCUCGCGAGUCCCAUUCGCGUGAUUUAAUAGUUGACCGGCCUUUGAAGUUCAAGCAAUUGAGACUUCGAAAGGGGCUUAAUUUAAAGAGGCCUCACCAGGAAUUCUUGCUAAAGUUUGAAGAAAUGCCAGAAGUGUGCCCCUAUAGCUGCCCCGCUGAGAGUUUGGCCAAGGAAUCGAUUGAGGCAGAAAAGAGAUGUUGUGCUGUUAUUAGAGAGGUUCUUGGAAUGACGAUUGCAAAGAGGACUUUAAUAGACCACUUGACCCAUUUCAGAAAGGAGUUUGGCCUCCCAAACAAGUUGAGAGGAUUGAUUGUGAGGCACCCAGAAUUAUUUUAUACGAGUAUAAAAGGGCAAAGGGACUCAGUUUUCCUAGUGGAGGAGUUUGAUGAGAAGGGUAACUUAUUACAGAAGGAUGAGGUUUUAGCCUUACAGGAUAAAUGGAUGGACUUGGCGAGGGAGUCCAAGAGAAUGAGAAAUGAGAGAAGGAAGGCUAGGGCUGAUAAAAAUAUUGGCAGGGUGAGGGGUGUUAAUCAAAAGCACAACGAGAGCGAUGUUGAUUCUGAUGAUGAUAUUGAGAUUGAUAAUUUUGAAGAUGGUUAUGAUGAUGGUUUUGAGGAUAUAUUUGAAGAUUUGGAUUUUGAAGCUGAGGAUUAUGAUGACAGAAACAAAUUGUUUGCCAACAAGAUUGGAGAAUUUUGGAUUGCAGGGCCUUUUCCAAUUGAUAAUGGUUUGGACGGAGAACAGAAACAACCUUGGUAA